AUGCAUUCAGAAACAAAGUCUAAACAUGGCCGUUCGAUUGGUGAAUGGUGUCAAGAUUUUUGGUUAAAUAUAGAUAAAUCUAUUCGUACAUUGAGUAAAUUUAUUUAUAACCCAGAACAUCAUGAAAUAUUUGGACGUCAUGGAAAACGAUGGAGCAAAUUAGCUGCUUUCUAUUUUUUCUUUUAUAUUACACUUGCUGGUUUCUUUUGUUUAUAUUUAUCUAUUUAUAUGUCGUCAUUACCAUUGAAUCAACCGAGAUAUAUAGGAAAAUAUAGUUGUUUAACAUCUCGUGCUCAUCGACUUUCACCAGGACUAGGUUUUCGUCCUCAACCUAGAUUUGAUCCAAAUGAUGCACAGACAUUUAUAAGUUUAUCAUAUACUAGUAAAAGACAUGGAAAGAGAUCGAUUACUAAUAAAGAUGAUGAUGAUAUUGAAAUUUAUACGAAAAAUCUUGAUGAUUUUCUAAAUAUUUAUUAUAAUACAUCGAAUUCGAAUAAUUUCAUUAUUAAUAACGUAGGUGAUUGUAAUUCAAAUAAUCAAUAUGGUUUUAGGGAUGGUAAACCAUGUUUUUUAAUAAAAAUAAACAAAAUUGUCGGUUUUAUACCAGAGAUUGGUCGAACAGAUUUAGAUGAUAAAAAUGAAGAAGCAUGUACGAAUAUAUCGAAUAUUCCAGUUCAAUGUAGAGGCGAGAAUCCAUUCGAUGACGAUAUGCUUGGUAAUAUUCUCUACUAUAGUGAAUCAGGUUUGAGUGAUGUAUGUGGUUCAAUUGAUGUCAAACAUUUUCCUUAUAAUGGUAAAGUAAAUCGAAAUGAUAUCUAUCAAGCACCAUAUGUAUGGGUACAAUUUCUAAAUAUAACAGCUCAUGUUUUAAUUUCUAUUGAAUGUCGUAUAUUCGGUGCAAAUAUAUUUUAUGAUAAAAUUGCCCAACGUGGUAGUACAGAAUCUGAAAUAAAAGAUGUAGAAAAUGAUGUUUUGAAAGUCGACGAAGAAAAACCGAUUAAUGAUUUUGAAGAUCGAUGUGCAAGUACAAAAUGUCGUGAUGCUGAACUAUGCGUAUUAAAUAAAGAUGGUGAUGCUGAAUGUGCUUGUAUUACACAAUGUGAAGAUCCAAAAGAUGAACGUUUAAUGGUAUGCACAAAAGCAAAUAAUACAUAUACAUCUGAUUGUGAAUUCUAUCAAAUGCAAUGUUGGUGUCGUAAAAAUGAUGAAAAAUGUACACGUAAAGAAGCACUUACAGAUUCAAUUGAUUAUUUUGGACGAUGUCAAAAUCUUGGUAUUUGUACUGAAUUUGAAUUGGAAGUUUUUCCAAAACGAAUGUCAUCAUGGCUUGGAGAAAUUCUCGAUGCAUUAUUUGUUCGUAAAGAUCUUGAUAAUAAAUAUGCAGUAUUAGUCGAUGAAGCACGUAAAAUGAAAUUAUCAAAUACAGAAAAAUGGUGGCGUAAUGCUGUACUCUGGGAAUUUUGUGAACUUGAUCAAACACAUGAUAAUUCAGUCAAUAAUGAAGAAUUAGCUCGUUUUGUUCGAUCACUUAAAGUACUUGAACAUUGUAUUCAACCAUUUUUGGAUCAUUGUGAUACAGAUAAUGAUAAUAAAAUAUCACCAGAUGAAUGGGGUACAUGUUUAGGUUUAGAAAAAGAUGAUACGGCUUUCUUAAAAACAUUCUGUUCACAUUAA